AUGCGCGCGCUCCUCGGUCUCCUCUCCAUCGCCGUCCCGAUUCUCGUUGCCCUUGUUCCUGGCGUCCAGUCCCGCGAGUUCUCAUCCACGGUCUACGGCACCGCUUCAGGAGGCGGCGAGACUCCACGCACGCCCCUCCACGUCGUUUUCCACGGCACCUGGGACGCUGCUGACGUGGCUCUCGUGAAAGAGUUCAUCAGCGCGCUGCCAGCGCAAGGCUACGAAUCGCAGGCUCAGCUGGGAUCCGUAGCCAUUGAUAACAACCACUAUGGCGACACCGCAGUCGAAGCCAUCCAGCACCAAAUCGACAUCGGCGCGCUUCCAUUCGACCGCGCGGCCGCGCUCUACCUGCUGGUUACCAGCGGCGACGUCGCAGUAACCAUCGGCGGCGAAACCUUUUGCGAAGACUACUGCAGCAAGCAGUCAUCACUUGAACUCCAUGGAGCCGACGGGUCGUUCGGGAAAGCCACAUUCAUCCACGCGGGUGACGUGGCUGCGCGCUGCCCCGACCGCUGCACCUUCCGCGGAGCCCGAGGAAGUGCGCCUAGUCCCAUCCGCCAUCUGCUUCGACACCUUGGCUCGGCAAUCACCGAGGCUCUUCCCGGACCUGAUGCCGCGCCCAUUACCGCUUCCCAGUUCCCCCAAGCUGAGACUUCUCUUCCCGCCACGGUUCCCAAGCCAUCUGCUUCUGGUUCGGCAGCGGAGCAGAAGGAAGUGAAGGGGAAUGUCACUGCUGGCUCCACUGCAACCGCCAAGAUGUGUGCCGCUUUCCCAACAGAGACCUUCAUCCAUGUUAUUACAAACGGAGGCAACUCUUCAGGCGUUUCUUCAGGUGCACAGGCGGACGGCAUGCCCACAUGCGCAGCUGCAUCUGUGGGGUCCAUGGCUGGCCGGGCCAAGUAA